CCACAUGGGCAGUUGGAGGCAGCAGGGAGAGGAGGAGGUGUGUAGUGUCUAAGGGAGAGUGUGUCUGUGUGCCUGAGAGAGGGAGAGAGAGAGAGAGAGAGACAGACGCACUGAGAGAAGAAAGGAUAGACAGAGCACAGAGUGGAGGAGGUGAAAGAGUGAAGGAACACGGGACGUGUCCGCAAGACAGGUCAGGUAGUGAGUAAUAGAGAGAAAGUGACAGAGGGAUAUACCUGAUCUGGAGAACGACAGGGAGGAAAGAGGGAUAGAGAGAACUAGAGUGAAAGACAGAGAGGGUUGCGUGUCCUUGUCGUUUACCUUGAGGGCCUUGUGGAAUCCUUUAUUCCUGUUUCAAGACGUGUUGGUGUGUGUGAGGGGUCGUCAUGGCAUCGAAGGUGGUGAUGUACCGCAGUGCGGAGGAGCAGACACAUGCGAUGGCCCAGAGCAUGCAGCUCUCAUCGCAGAUAAAGAAGAGGACCUUUACAUCCGGUGAUGAGGAGGCGUCCUAUAGUGAAUACUAUCCCAUCAUCCCAGGUGAUGUGAUGUCAGUCAAGGAGCUGCUUGCACCCAAGUUCCCCCGCCACCGCACCUGGGAGGUCCUGAAGGAGACUAUGGAGAACGACGAGGUCCACGAGAGAGACCAGUGGACGAUGUUCGGCAACGAGGCGGAGAGUAUCGAGAUCGAUGUGCUGCGAAACCAGCAGAUGGCGCGAACCCGAUUGGACCGCAUGGCCCUGCGGCAGGAGCUAAAGAAGAAGCAGAGUGCUCAUAUGAAGUAUCUGGAGGACUUGAGUGCCAAGGGUCCCGACUUCCCCAUCCCCCUGAGGCCCCACACCGUGUGGGAGGGCAUGGCUGUCAAGCUCUCCUGCACCGUGCAGGGCUGCCCCGAACCAACACUCACCUGGUAUAAAGAUGGCAUCCCUCUUAGCAAGACCAGCCAGCCAUGGAGAUACAACCUGGUGAAGACAUUUGGCAUCAGCUCUCUGCACAUUAGGAGGUGUUGUGCGGAGGAUGCAGGGGAGUAUAAAGUUGUAGCAAAGAGUUCUCUUGGAGAAGCUACCACCUUCGCUACUCUCCACAUCAACCGCUACGAGGGGCCUGAGGCAGGACUGGAAGUCACACGCACCAUAACUCCGGUUUUGCCACAGGAGGCCCAGUUUGGCUCGACCUUCAACCCGACCUUCAUGAAGGAGGGCGAGACCCUCACACUGCGAUGCACCUUCACCGACCCUCUGCUACCUACACAGGAUGUUACCUGGUUCAGAGACGGUGUCCAGUUGAGGUCUUCCAGUCGUCUGGAGAUGCAGACCAAGCUGACCUCUGCCUCUCUGAGUCUGAAGGGGGUCCAUAAGGAGCACGAGGGGGUCUACAAGGUGCGGCUGAGGACCUGGGAGGGAUUCACUGAACACAGCGCAUACGUCUAUGUCAAAGAUGCUGUGGCCGUGGUGGUGGGGGGUCCUGGCUCCCCCCUCCACCUGGAGGUGUCUGAUGUCAACAGGGACUAUGCCUUCCUCCGCUGGCAGCCCCCCAGCGCUGACGGAGCUUUCUCAGUGCAGGGAUACAUCAUAGAGAGGUGCAACAUUGGCACUGGCAAGUGGGAGCGCUGUAACGAGACGCCACAGAAACCCUGCUACUACCCGGUAACCGGCCUUAGCGACUCCACCCUCUACCAGUUUCGCGUCAGUGCCGUCAACAAGGCGGGGGUGGGGAGGCCAUCCAAGCCCACCGAACCCAUACUCACCUCCGACCCCAACGAACCCAGCAGGACCAUGGUGGUGAAGGUGGACAGAGGGAGAGAGAUCAUCAUCACCAAGGAUGAACUGGAGAGUCAGGUCCGCGUGCCGUUCCCGCCGACGGGUGUGUGCGUGUGUGAGCAGAGCGACACGUACGCCGUGCUGAGCUGGACUGAGCCGGAACCGCGCGGCCGAGAGCUGCUCACCUUCAAUGUGGAACAGUCGAUUGCAGGCCAGAACCGCUGGCACUUGGCGAGCCUGGACGUGGUGGUCAGCUCUCCGCGGUUUGUGGCCGUGGAUCUCCAGAAGGAUGUGGCCUACGAGUUCCGCGUGCGUUCCGUAAAUAAGUAUGGCGUCAGCGACCCCUCUGAGCCCAGUGCACCCGUCACACUGGCUAAGGCUGAAGCUCCACCUGCGCCCCCUAGAGGUGUGCAGGCCACAAGGGACACUGACUCCUCAGUGCUGCUUCAGUGGGCAGAGCCCAAAGACACGCAGGGCGUUCUGGGAUAUUACCUGUACUACAGUGAGGCAGGCAAGAGCGACUGGAGGACCAUCAACAACAAGCCCGUCAAUGGGAACAGGUUUACGGUGCACGGUCUGAUGCACGGUAAGCAGUAUGAGUUCCUGGCCAAAUCUGUGGGCCGCGGCGGAAACAGCCUAUACUCAGAGGCGUCCGAGCCCAUCCUGGUGAAGGCCGCCAUAUAUGUCCCUGGUUCCCCCUCUGCGAUCGCGUUGCUACACUGUUCGGGCUCCGAGAUGCUGCUGAACUGGAGGGCCCCUGGCUACAAUGGAGGCUCGCCUGUGAUUGGCUACUACCUGGACAGCAGGAGCAAGGCACGCACCUGGAGAGAGGUCAACGUCAAGCCCAUUAAGGAGAGACUCUACAAGGUGUGUAACCUGGAGGAGGGUCAGUAUUACCAGUUCCAUGUGUUUGCUGCCAACGUGGUGGGCAUUGGGAAACCCUCCCAGCCCUCCGAGUUCUUCCUGUGCGAGGAGUGGACCAUGCCAGAGCCAGGCUGCCCCUAUGACCUCUUCUUCAGAGAGGUCAGGAGCUCCUCCCUGGUGCUCAUGUGGUCGCAGCCCGUGUACACCGGCCAAUCAGAGAUCAGCGGCUACCUGGUGCAGUACAGCGAGGGGGAGGAGUCUGAGGACUGGCAAACGGCCAAUGAGGACCCAACACCAGACACCCACUUAAAGGUGACUGGGUUGAAGGCAGGGUAUACGUACCGCCUGCGCGUCUUUGCUGUCAAUGAAGCCGGUGAGGGUAUGGAAUCCCUGCCCUCUGAGCCAGUCACAGCCCUGACCCAACCAGGCACCACGGAGGUGGAGAUUGGUGUGGAUUAUGACGGCUUCAUCUUCAUGGCCUUUGAGACGUGUGAGGAGAUGGGUAAGGGUAGCCAGUUUGUCUGGAGCAAGAACUACCGUGAAGCCAUCGACGCAGGCAGAGUCAGACUGGAGACCAAGGGCAACAGGUCUAUUCUGACCUUCAAUGAUGCCACUGAGGAGGACCUGGGCCUCUACACUGUGGUACUCAGUGACAACGACGAGGUGUCAUCGAGCUACGAGUUCACGGCAGAGGACUUGGAGCGUCUGAAGGAGUUGUCGUGGCACAUCCUGCAUCCCUUGAUCCAGUUGAAGACAGGUUGGACUGUGGAGGUAUCUGAGCAGGGUAACGUGCGCCUCUGGAUGCAGACUGAACCUCUUUCCAACGCCGCCGAGCUUCACCUCAUCCUCAACGACAGAGAGAUCUCCAGCACUCCGGCGCGUAAGAUUAACUUCGACAAGGCGAGUGGUCUGCUGGAGAUCCUAUUUGACCAGUUGACGAGGGAGGAUGAGGGAUCCUACACUGCACAGCUCCGGGACGGACGCGCCAAGAACCAGUUCACACUGGUGUUGGUGGACGAGAAGUUCCGCCAGACUUUGGCCAAGUCCCAGGCCAACAGGAGAGACUGGAAAAGGAAGGCAGGGCCGCACUUUGAGCAGUUCCUUUCAUGGGUCGUGACACCAGACUGUGAGCUGAUAAUGACAUGCAAGGUGACCAACCUCAAUAAGGACUCUGUGCUGGUGUGGUACAAGGAUGGUGUGGAACUCAAACAGGUUGUUACUGAAGCAUCCGGCCUCAGCACCCUAUUGAUACCUCAGGUGACUAAAGGGGAGGCGGGUCUGUAUCGCGCUGUGGUGUCCGACAGCAGGGGGGAGGAUGACAGUGAAUUGGAGCUGUUAAAUGAGGAGUUUGACCGCCUGAUGCAGCAUCUCAGUAGGGCCUGUGCCCUGAGUGCCAGUCCCAUGAGGAUCCAGUGCACUGCUGAGGGCUUCAAGCUCUACUGCUCCAUGAAGUACUACCUCAGCUACCUCAAGACCAGCUGGCACUUCAAGGAGCGGAGGAUUGACCUGGAUGAGCGUACCAAGCCUGGCUGCAGCAUGCUGAAGCUGUGGAUCGAGAUCAAGAACCCGACGGAGGCCGACAAGGGCAAAUACACCCUGGAGAUGCACGACGGCAUAGACAAACACACACGCCAAAUGGACCUCUCUGGACAAGCAUUUGCUGAUGCGCUGCUGGAGUACCAGAGACUUAAGCAAGUGGCAGUGGCAGAGAGAAACCGUGCCCGCGUCACCAAAGGCCUGCCUGACGUGGUGGCCAUUAUGGAGGAAAAGUCGCUGUGCCUCACCUGCUUCUGUGACGGCGAGCCAACCCCUGAGAUGUUCUGGCUGAAGAACGAUCGCGAGGUGACGACCAGGGACCAGUACCACAUCGCCAAGGAGCCCAAGUGCACCACGCUCACCAUCAACACGGUUGCCAUGGAGGACUCCGGCACCUACAGCAUCUUCGUGCGGAACCAGUACGGCAGUGAGACGGUCAACGUCACCGUGAGCAUCUACAGGCACGGGGACAAGCCACCUCCUGAGGCCGUGGAGCUGUAACGGGCGUCUUCAGGGAGAUACUGAGCUCCAUUGCAUGGAGAGGGGGGCCAGUGCAAUGGAGUUUCAAUGUGUCUAGGGGUAGACAUCUUGCUGCAGAGGCGAAAAUCCACAAGUUCAGAAAGUAAAAGUGCACUUAUUUGUUCCAGCCAGUUCACUAACCCAGCACAGGGUGUAUGAGGUAGUUAAUACGAGAGUUGCCCUGAACUGCAGAGCCCAGGUAGAAGGAAUACUUGUCAGGUCUUUCACUUUCUCAAUCUAGUUUGUCCGCGUCUCCUGGACUCUGAUGCAUAGGGUGGGGGAUCCGAUGCAUAUAGGGUACCCAUCACACAGUUUGCUAAUUUGGUAGUAGAUAACUAUUUUAGAUUUGGCACUUUAUGCUUUAUGCUGCAUCACUGCAUGUUUGAGUGUUUCAGAGCCCUGGCUGUUGAAGGCACCAACAACAGCAAAAACAAAGCAAAAAAAUGUAAUUAUGCAAAAAAACAAUAAAAUAUAUUAGAGUACGUACUAAUAUAUGUUAAAUUUUAAUUAAAUUACGUCCGCUGAUCUGACAAGAUAUCACAGUUAUAGUUACACUGCUAAGAUUAAAUUGCUCGAGAGACACCCACUAAAGCAGUACAUAUAGUCAUACCAGAAGGGGUUAAUAGAUUAAUGAAAUGAGUGGGGAAUUCCAAGAACACGUGAUUAUAUAUAAAUACGGUACAUCUGCAGUGUGCAAGAUGGUGAAAGGUCCACUUGCGUAGCCUAAUUGGGCUUGCGCUAAUUCAAAAGUCCAAUUAUCUGGUGAUUGAUAUUACAUUAUGCUCGCCAUGUCAGCCAUAUAUAUUUCCAGACCAUUAUGCAGGCCUGCGCUCUGACACGUGUGAAUGUUCCUCUGUAAUCUCCCAUACAGCACACACCAUAGGCUAACCCGCCUGUGAAAUUGAUCACUAAUUUUAUCACUCAUAUGGCUAUGGGUUGCUAUGUCACUGCUUCUCUUUUGUCUGCCACCAUUUUUUCUUUUCUUUUACGGUGUUAAUAAAGGGCUUUCACCAGA